AUGUCUGACAUUGGCGAACUAGAACUUGAGUCCCUCAACCUAAAUGAGCCGGACCAAACUGAGCACCUUGGAACGGAGGCCAACGAUUCUUUAGAGAUAAGUGAGGAAGAAAAGACAUGGAAAAGCCAAGACCUGGAUCAACAAUGUAAAGAUGUGUUGAAUCUUUUAUCGCAAAACAAAAGAUGCUGGGACAGCAAUAAUGGAAGUGGAGAUAUUCCGCCUCUCGAAGAGUAUAAGAAGCAAACACUCGCUGAGAAAAGGGGGGAUAGCAAGGAUCUUACUCGAUUGACAGCACUCCAUGUCCUUGCAAGAUCGAAACAAGAGUUCUACCAGGCUCGCAAAGAUGUCAGGAUACAGCUGGUAGGGUAUCUCCUUGAGAAUCGAGCUAAUGACUCAGAGGAGAUUCGAUCCUCGGGAGCAGUCAAUAAAAUGCUAGUCUUUGAAGUGGCUUUAUACUACGAGAACGAUGAAUUCAUCGAAUGUGUUGAGGAGUGCCUCGGCAACAAAUUUCAAGAUUUCCUUCAUCUUCAAGACGAUGAGGGGAAGAAUUGCAUACAUCACCUUUUCUCCUGGCCUCUCGAACGCUGUGGAAAGACUUUACUGCCGCAAAAAUCAGCAGAAGAAAAUAUGUUAUAUCUGAAUCAGCUUAGGAGACUUGCUCUCAAGGCCAAGCCGCAAACCCUUGCGACUGCAGACGGUAAAGGCAACACACCAAUUCAUUAUGCUAUGCACGUUAAACAGUGCAACGACAGGGGCGAUGAUUACGCCGAUAUUGUCAAAAUCCUAAUCAUAAGGGCUGAUAAAUUCAUGGUCAAUAAUAAAACACUCUUUAAUAAUGAGAGGGAGUCUCCCAUUAUGUACUUGCGCAAUAUUGUCAUUGCCACCAGAGAAGAGGGGAAAAAGAGACAACGGGCGAAUCAGAAAGAGCAAUUGAACCAGAAGUCCGUCUCGUCCGCCAAAGGUCAGAAGGAUCUCAAUCAGGUCCAAAGACCGGAGAGCCGAGCAGAGAGCCAAGUGGAGGAGAGCGGUCCUUUGAAGAAAUCGCUGAAACUCGCGAAUCAAGGCAUUUCCAUGACAGGAAAACAGAAUAUUCGGAGCCAGGUUAUAGGGGAUCAAAUCAUAAAGAAUCAUGGCCCGAUCAUGAAUCACUCCAUCUCCUCAAUGGCAACUGGCCCCUUUCCAGAAGGGCACCGACUGCAGAAAACGGCCACCUCUGAGAUUUCCCCAGACAGCACUUUGUUUCAGCGCCAGCACCAAAUGCUACCGCCUGGUAGGAAACGAGAACCACCAAUUCCAAGUGCCCAAGCAAAUGACGGUCUAAACGCUGGGGAUGCGAAGCUGGCAAGAGUGAACGCAGCCCCUACAGCGACCACAGCGACUAAUAGUCAGAGGGCAACUAUACUCCUAUCCGACUUUCUCAAAAAAUACUACACAGGCACAAGGUCAGACUUAGAUGCCCGUGAUCUUAUAUACGGCAGAGGUGCCGAGGGUUGGGCUACUAAUUUGUAUUUUGAUGCAAGAGGCAUCCAAGAGACUAAGAAGAUCUUGGAACUUUUGGAUCGGAUGAAGGCUGGUGGGUUCGGCACCACCCUUUCGUAUGUCAGUAUUCCGGCUAUUCGUCACAUUCCGACUGUUCCGUCGACAGCAGACAAUCUCGACCCCAGGGAUCGAGGUAUAUCACUCGAGAAUCCUCGGCCUGGUCGCACCGAUCUUAUAGAUGUAUUCAAUAAACUACGCGAGCUCAAGGUGACCCAAAUUUUGCGAUUAGAGGUUGAAGACAGACAAGCGCCCUCACAUAUGGAUGCAGCUAUUGAGAGAGCAAUUCAGGGACGGGACUCGGCAGAUGAUCAAUUCUCCAGGCGGCCCAUUGGUGUCCAUACGUGGGAUUGGCGCAAGCCUGAUCUGAGCACCGAUGUUAUCGCUUUCGCUGCCCCUACUGUGAAAGUAGGUUUAGAGACUACGGAAAGAAUGAAGACAGCUAUCAAGCGAUUUAAAGAGGCUUUGAAGGAGAUAUUUCCAAAGGUGGAACUCGUCCGCCCAACUUCGGGCAGAGAAAAUAAAGACAGGUUGAAAACUCCCACGGCACUUGAAGAAUCAUUGAAAGAAGGAUUCUCAAAAGUGGUUGAGAUCGAAUUCACUUAUCAUAUAGGGGAUCCAUUUGCCACCAUUGAUGCCAGCGAAGAGACAUCCGACUACCUGGAGGAUGAUCCAGCUGCGAAACAGCAUGUCUGGGUCGACGCUAUGGACAAGUUUCGUAGCGCUUUGACCUCAAUGCUACUCUUGGAGAAACUUUUGCCGAAAGAUAGAGUCAGGAUUGCCCUGAUCGAUGAUGGAGUGAACCUCGGUAGUGUCGACAUGUACGGUGGAAUUGUUAAUGUCACUGGUCUCAGUUUUCAUCCAUCUGACCGGCAAACCGAGAACCCGUGGCAUUGUUCCAGUGGCGGUCAUGGAACCGUCAUGGCCAAUAUGAUUUUGCGUAUCAAUCCAUGGGUCGAACUCUUCGUCAUCAAAUUACACUGCGGAAUAUCUCACAACCAGGGAAGAACCAUCUCGGCUCGUAGCGCAGCCGAAGCUCUGCGAGCUGCUAUUGCCCUCAAUGUCAAAAUCAUCUCAGUGUCAUGGACCAUCAAGUAUCGAGGUGCAGCUGGGACAAGCCUGGCUCCGAACGAAAGCGGCCCACCCAAUUCGAUGAAGAAGGAUGCCUACACCGAUCUUAGAGAGGCUGUUGAUGAAGUCAAGAAAAAUGAUAUUAUCAUGUUCUGUUCCGCAAGUGAUGAUAUCCAGACCUCUGCGAUGAAGGCACUCCCGUAUAGUCAGCAAUCCGAGCACAUCUUCCGCAUCGGCGCGGCGCUCUGGCUCGGCCAGCGGGAUCCAACGACAGAGACUCCAGAUCGAAUUGAUUGGUACUUCCCAGGCAACCAGGUCGCCGAAGCCCAGAACCCUAGAUUGCAGGGCCCAGUCAAAUAUCAUGAUGGGUCUUCUGCUGGUACAGCUCUAGCUGCGGGCCUAGCAUCUCUGAUAAUGUACCUCGCAAGGCUGGUGCAAGGUCGGUUUACCGAGACCAACAACAUGAGCGAGGCAAAGGUAUUUGAGAAGUUCGCCAAAGACCUAGAAGAUAGGACGAAGAUGAAGCAGGCGUUAGAUAUGAUCGGCAAGAAGGGCAACUAUCAGCAAGAUAAAAAAUACUUGCCCGUAUGGAGUACUUUCAACCCUGCAACUGAGGUGCUUACACAGACCAAGGAUGUCGGGCUGAAAUGGGAGGAGCUCGCGAGGUUGGUGAAGUCGCUUUGCUCGGAGCAAGGCGGGUGA